AAUAAACGUCUACUCGAGAAGUGAUAAAAGAAUAGUUCUCUUUCACCUGUCUCCUCACGUUCUGAAGUCAGACCAAUCUCUCAUCCGAACGACUUGUACACUACACGGCACAAUGACAUUUUCAUCUAGCCUUUCCUCAGAAAGUUUCGAUAAUGUUGCUACUUCGGGCAACAGCGAGAGAUGCUCCAGCGACGAUGAGGUAAUAUCAGGGCUGGGUCACAGGACACAGGUGCCCAUUGCGAUUGUUGGAAUGGGAUGCCGUCUUCCAGGUCACAGUAACUCGCCAACUGCCUUAUGGGAAUUGCUUGAGCGAGGGGGGGUGGCUAAGAAUGAACCACCAUCUUCAAGGUUUUCCUUGGCUGGUCACUAUGACAAGGAGAAUCCCCAACGCCCUAGGACCAUGAAGUCACCUGGUGGCAUGUUCAUGGAAGACGUGGAUCCGGCUUUGUUUGACGGCCAGUUCUUCAACAUCAGUCGUACAGAGUGCAUUGCUAUGGACCCACAGCAACGGCAGAUGCUCGAGGUGGCAUAUGAGUGCCUCGAAAAUAGUGGUAUACCUAUGGAGACUCUCAGUGGCACUAACACAGGUGUGAUUGUUGGAACCAAUUUUAUAGAUUAUGGUGCCAUUCAGCACCGAGAUCCAGAGAAUAGAGCCGAAUCGGUUAUGAUCGGGCUGGCUCCCGCUCUUCUCAGCAAUCGUAUCAGUCACUUUCUCAACAUACAUGGCCCAAGCAUGACCGUGGACACAGCGUGCUCAGCGGGACUUGUGUCAUUAGACGUAGGAUGUCGCUAUCUUGACACCUUCCAGGCGGAUGCAGUGUUAGUUGGAUCAGCCAACUUGUGGCUCAGCCCAGAGCACAAUGAGGAGAUUGGCAUGAUGCAUGUGACACAGUCUGGCUCAGGACUAUCGAAAAGUUUCGACGCAUCAGCAGAUGGCUAUGUCAAAGCAGAAGGAGUGAAUUGUUUUUUCUUGAAGAGACUAGACGAUGCGGUGCGAAACGGGGACCCGAUUCGAGCAAUCAUCCGCGGCACAGCAGUGAAUGCAUCGGGACGAACCAACGGUAUUGCGAAUCCCAGCUCAGAGGCACAGGCUGCUGUUACAAGACAGGCCCUAAAGAAUGCAAACAUCAAGGAGGAAGAUUUCUCAAAGACGCGGUUCCUUGAAGCUCAUGGCACAGGCACUCUCGCGGGCGACCCGAUCGAGGCCAAGGGCGCAGCAUCUGUUUUCAGCAAGGGACGUGAAGAUAACCAAGAGCUUAUCAUUGGGUCGAUUAAAAGUAAUAUUGGCCAUUCCGAACCAUCAGCAGGGCUUUCGGGUCUCCUGAAAGCCACCAUGGCGGUGGAAAAGGGCGUCAUUCCGGGGACCCCGACAUUCUUCAACCCAAACCCGAACAUUGACUGGAAAAGCCUGCGUCUAAAGGCCAGCCGAAUGUCGAUGCCCUGGCCAAAGGUAGAUGCAGACAACAUUCGACGAGCAGGCGUAAACUCUUUCGGGUAUGGAGGUGCCAACGCUCAUGCCGUGGUUGAGAAUGAUGCUCAAGAGUUAUCCCGGCACGUCUCCUCGUACAAGCAGGUGUCAACCGAUUUCUUCGAUGAUGAUGAUGACGACGACUUUGGCGAGGAGCAGGACAAUAAAACACAAGCCGCUCCAACAUUGCUAUUCUUUUCGGCCAACGAUCAAUCCUCGCUGGACACAUACAUUAAGAAAUUCAACUCACACCUGCAGAAUCCUUUGGUUUCACUUGAGCUCGGUGACUUGGCUUACACCCUCUCUGAGCGGCGAAGCAGACAUUAUCAGGGCGCGGUGGCUAUCACCCGUUCCACUCCGCAGUUCAUCAACCAGGACACCUUGAUCCGCGGCAAACGGAUGUCGACAGUACCUCGCGUUGCCUUUGUCUUCACCGGUCAAGGUGCCCAGUGGCCAACAAUGGGUGCCAAUUUGAUCAGGGAUUUCCCGUUAGCCAAGAGCACAGUUGAGUACCUCGACAGCGUUCUUCAGAGCUUGCCAAGUCCACCGAAGUGGUCGCUCUUGGAGGAGUUGACGGCCACACGGAGUGUUGAGGCGUUGCGGCUGCCUGAGUUCUCCCAGCCUUUGGUCACGGCUUUGCAGAUUGCCCUCCUCCGAGUUCUGGAAGAAUGGGGAAUCUCUCCCGAGGCCGUCGUCGGCCAUUCGUCCGGAGAAAUCGCGGCGGCCUACGCUGCCAACCUCUUGAGCUCCUCCGAUGCCAUCAAGGUCGCCUACUACCGCGGUCAAUCGUCCAAGAAAAUAGAAUCCAGUGAUCCCGUGGGCAUGCUUGCUGCUGGCAUUGACGAAGCCACGCUUGCGGCAUAUCUGCUCGAGCAGAAGGAAAACAAGAUUCAAGUGGCCUGCUACAACAGCCCUAAUAGUUUGACUCUGUCCGGACUUGUGUCGGAGCUCGAGGAGCUGCGUGACCGGAUCCAGGCUGACGGUCAUUUCGCGCGGCUACUCCUUGUAGAUCUUGCAUACCAUUCCAGCUACAUGGCAGAGAUUGGUGAGGUAUAUGAGGCUAUGCUGCACGAAGACGGUCUGUUCCAGAAGUCGCCUACGCAUCGACCUAAGACGAGCAAGGCCGUUGCCAUGUUUAGCUCGGUGACAAGCGCGGUAGUCGAUCCAAACACGGCUCUCGAUGCCGCAUAUUGGAAGCAGAACAUGGUUUCGCCCGUGCGAUUUGCGACUGCCACGGCAGAGCUUCUCAAGCAGAGUAACGCCGAUUUCCUCAUUGAACUGGGUCCUAGCAACGCACUGGCGGGCCCGAUCGCCCAAAUCAAGAAAGCCACGGGCAAGAACGCCCAGUAUGCGUCGGCUCUCAAGCGAAACGAUGACUCGACCAUGCCUAUGUACGAUGCCGCAGCCCGACUGUUUCUAGCGGGCGACCAACAAGUCAGUCUAGCCAAGGUCAAUCGGGUAAACGCGCAGACGUCGAAUGUCAUUGUUGAUAUGCCGAAUUACGUCUGGAAUCAUUCAACACGUUAUUGGCAUGAGACUCGCGCGAGCAAGGAAUGGCGGUUCAAAAAAUUCAUCCACCAUGACUUGAUCGGUUCCAAGGUCAACUCCGUGGGAUGGAAUGCUCCUAUCUUCAGAGCUAAUAUCAAGCUCGCGUACUUGCCGUGGCUGAGAGACCAUAGAUUGGGCACUGAUGUCGUGUUUCCGGCUACUGCUUAUCUCGCCAUGGCGGUGGAAGCCAUGUAUCAGACGGCAAUGGUCACUAAAUGGAAGCACAUAGCUCCAGCACGCUACCGCUUCAGGCUUCGUGACGUGAAGUUCCUUCGCGCCCUAGUCCUCACUGAGGAGAGAGAGACUACAGUCUCCUUGGCACUAACUCCAGUUAGAGGAGGCUCAACUGCAUCGUGGUAUGAGUAUCAGAUGUGUUCGGAGCAAGAAGGAGUUGAUGUAGACAUCGUCCACAGUACCGGCAUGGUCUGCGUGGAGACCGACUACCAAGAUACUCUUAAAUCAGUCGAGCCACUAGAGCUCGCCACAAGCGCACGGCUGUGGUACAAGACUAUGGCAGAAAUGGGCUAUAAUUUCGGACCAUCCUUUCAGAAACAUAUAUCGGUUGAAUCGACAAUGGGCCAGCGAUACAAUCGAUCAACCGUCAACCUGGAGCCUCCUCCAUCUCAGCCGGAGGGUCAGUCUUGGUACCCCCUUCAUCCAGCUGUGUUAGAUGGGUGCUUUCAAGCUACAACACCUUCUCUCUGGAAAGGCCAACUGCCCCAGGCUGGUGAUCCAGCCCUCGUGCCUAAGGCUAUUGACAGCGUGCUCAUUGAAUCCGGAAGUGCGCGCAAAUCGAGUGUUCUAACCGAAGGCGUUGCCUAUGCGUCUGCAAACUACCUGGGCACCGGAGACGCUGAGAGUGCGCGCAACUACAGCACAAACGUCGAUCUGCACGACCCUCAGGAUGGUUCAUUGUUGUUCCAGCUGAAGGGCCUCGCAUGGGCCGAGAUGGAGACGAGCGACGCGGAGAAGAUCCCUCACCAGUUCAUGCACGUGAACUGGAACGCUGACAUUGACAUGCUUAUGGAAGGCGAGUCGACUUUAAGCACGACAUGGCUAGGAUCCAAGACAGUGCAGCAGGUCAUCGAUUUGAUCGCGCACAAGAACCCGGAACUGAGCGUCUUGGAGGUCAAUUUGAGUCUGCUAAAUGGCUCGAAUCUCUGGUUGGAGCAAGGCAAGGACAAGACCGACAAUCCCGUUCGAGCUGGCUGCUCGCAGUACAACUUUGCCGUUCGGGAUCCCAAGACCUUGAUCCAGGCCCAGGAAAGAUUCAACUCGCGUUCCAUCAGCCCGCAAUUCCACCUGGUCAUGGAUGUCACCAAGCCUAUGACGAUUACCAAAGAAGACAGUAUUGAUCUGGUGAUCAUCAACCCCGGACAGGACGAGAUGGUAGAGGUGGAUGGAUUCCUUCAGAGUCUGGCUCUGACUGUCCGUGACCGAGGAUUUAUCGUAUCAAACGGGUUUGCCAACAUCGACUCGCUUGGGAAGACCAUCCAUCUAAGCAAUGGCGUCAGCAUCUGCCGUGUAGAAAAGCUGACGAAAACCGCCUUGCCAAUCAACGGGGACGCAGAGGUUCCCCCAAGGAACGUGACUCGGGUCAGCAUUUUGAACGCGGCUGCCCAAGACUCCAUCUCGGAGGAAGUGUCGAAGGUGUGUGACGGUCUCGCGACCCAGAAAUGGCUCCUUGAGCACUCUUCCAACCCGCUGGAAGAUAUUACCUCCAACACCAGUAUUGUGAUUGUUCUGGACGAGCUCUUCUCCUCUGUCAUGGAGACCAUCGAUGCGAAGCAAUGGGAGCUGCUUCAGCAUCUUUCCAAAGUGCAACGCCCCCUGCUCUGGGUAACGAGCAGAAGUACAGACCCCACGCGAGCUGCCGCCGUUGGAUUCCUUGCUACGAUCCGUGCCGAGGAACAGGUGCCGUUUUUCACGCUCGAUGUCGAAGCUAGCACUGGCAGUACAAUGACCGAUGCUAUCUCGGCCUGUCUUGGGCGGAUAUGGGACAUGACAUCCGCAAAGACGUUUGAUCCACGUGCAAGCACUGACUACGACUUUGUGGAGCGUGGAAGUAUCGUCCACGUCAGCCGCGUUUAUAGAGACAGUGGUCUCACAUUCGGUCAGAGCACCCAUCCCAGCGACAGGAAGACCGACAUCGUGGAUCUCCACGAGAGUGAUACCAUGAUCAAAGCGCGCUGCGAGAAACUAGGCAACCUCGACUCCGUGCACUUUGGUGAGGUGAAUGCGGAGCCGUCUCCUUUGGCCGAUGGUAUGGUCGAGGUUGAAAUCCAUGCGGCUGGUAUCAGUUAUAAGGAUGUAGUCGUCACUCUUGGCACUGCUCCUGGGGACGAAAACGCCUUGGGCCACGAAGCCGCCGGUGUAGUCACCAAAGUGGCUCAGGGCGUAUCGGGACUCUCGGUUGGGGAUCAUGUUGUGGUUUUUGACAAAGGAUGCUUUGCGAAUCGCAUUCACACCAGACCUGGUCGUCUCCACCGCAUUCCCGAUUAUAUGACCUUUGAGGAGGCAGCGACGAUUCCGACCGCCUACAUCACUGCUAUCCACGCCCUCUUAGACCAUGCCAGCUUGUCCAUUGGCAAGAGCGUCCUCAUUCACUCGGCCGCUGGUGGCGUAGGUAUUGCCGCCAUCCAGAUCGCGCAGUCCGUGGGCGCAGAAGUUUAUGCCACUGUUGGCACGCCCGAAAAGAAGGAAUUCCUUAAGUCUGCCUUUGGUCUGGCCGAUGAUCGCAUCUUCCACUCGCGCAAUACCGAUUUUGGCGACCAGAUCCUGUCAGCUACGAAUGGCAGAGGGAUGGACGCCAUUCUUAACUCCUUGACCGGAGACGUGCUGGAUGAGUCGUUCCGAGUCCUCGCGGAUGGAGGCAUCAUGGUAGAGCUUGGUAAAAGAGACGUUUUGGAUCGGAACAGCUUGCCAUGGGCUCCUUUCGAUCGCAACAGCUCCUUCAGAGCCAUCGAUAUCUCCCCUGAGAAGGCGGCCGAUUCUCUCGUGGCGAGGUUGAUGUCGAAGCUGUUUGAGCUCAUUGAGGUAGGCUCCAUCAAGCCUAUCGCACCAGUCCAUAAAUUUGCGUGGACCGAUAUUCCCGCUGCAUUCCAAUUCCUACGACCAGGAACCCACAUUGGAAAGGUUGUGCUCACACAAGAUAGUGGGAUAGAAGCUCCGAUUCGACGAGCGCCAAAGAGUCUCAACCUCAGCACCAAUGGUUGCUAUCUCAUCGUCAGCAGUCUCCGCGGUCUCUGUGGAGGUCUUGCGAUCUAUCUAGCUCAGCAAGGCGCAAAACAUCUCGCGGUCAUGUCGCGGAGCGGUUAUGCGGACGAGAAAUCAAGACAUGCGAUCAAACAGAUCAAUGCGCUCGGCUGUCAUAUCGAUCUCCUGAUAGCAGAUGUGACAGAUGCAAACGCCGUCACUAAGGCCAUGAAGCAAACAACCGUUCCCAUUGUCGGUAUCAUCCAGGGUGCCAUGGUUCUUCGGGAUCGUCCUUUUGAGUCUAUGACACUUACCGAGUAUCACGAAGCUUUGCAGUGCAAGAUCCGUGGAACUUGGAACCUGCACAAUGCCUCCGAGUCCCUCCAACUGAAGCUCGAUUCAUUCACGAUGCUUUCGUCUCUUUCCGGUAUCAUCGGACACGUUGCCCAAGCAAACUACGCUGCUGGAAACGUCUUCCUAGACGCUUUCGCCGCCUGGCGCCGGGCCCGCGGAUUGCCAGCGUGCUCUAUUGACUUGGGUAUUAGUGAAGACUCCGGUGUGAUCGCCGAGAGCGCCAAGCUUCAGAGUUCGACCGAAAAGGGAAUGUUCCGUAGCCUCAACGAAGGUCAACUGCGCAAGAUCCUCUACUUCGCGAUGCUCCAACAGAAGAUUUCUCCAGCGGCAAGCGAUAUCAGCUCUGCCAGCGAGCUGGCAUUUAGUCCAUUGAUAACGGGCUUGACCUUCCCGCAGCCUGACGACUCGGCCCUAAAGUCUGAUGCGCGCUUCUCGCCUCUCUUCAGUAACAACGAGGGGUCUAAGGAUCUGAAAUCUAGCGGAGAGAAUGCUAACGCUGAUAUCCAAACGCUCUUCCUUUUACUGCGCACUGAGUCAGCAGAUCCCGCCUCGAGACUGAAAGCCGUUAUCGAUGUUAUUAACGGAUGCUUUAUGCGUAUUUUGCGGCUUGAGGAGCCAAUGGAUCCGGAGAGACCGAUCAGCGUCUACGGGACAGACUCCUUAGCUGCCGUCGAGAUCCGUAACUGGGUGAGGACGGAGUUAGGCUGCCUUGUAACGACUUUGGACAUUAUGACUGCUACGUCUUUAACGUCCUUCUGCGAGAAGAUUCUUACAAAGCUCUUAUUUGCUAAGACAUCUAGUUAAGGGAAGAUUUUCGAGCAAUUAACUACUAUACUACAUAUAUUUAGAAUGUUCAGGAACUUAAAACCAAG